UUAGUUUUACUUUAGACGUCAGCUUGUGCAGAUGAUCAUUAAUAUCUGCUAAGAAUUCUUUUCGAAUCAACCUGCAUCCUAAAAAAAGUCAUAAAAUUCCGCUUAACGAGUUCCAUUCAAUCGAAUGAACAUAAGAGAAAAAAAUAAUCCAUAAAGUGAUUUAAAUAAGGUGAACAAGACAUAAACAAUGCCUCGACCAUACGACGAAUACAAGUCACAUCAUUUGCCAGAUGUAAGCGAAGAAAGCGAAUAUGAUUUGUGGUCUGAUAGAUUUAGCUCAUGGAUCGGAAGAUCAUCAAAAUCAAGGUCACCAGAUUCAUUUAAAUUCUCACGACGCUCUCUGUCACAAGAUCGAAAAAGCUCAAGUGGGUAUUGAUUCAUGUUCUAAUUUGUUGUUAAAUUGACAGUUUUAUGUUUUUUAUUGUUUUAUGCACGAUUUUAUUUCCAAAAUUUACACAUUUUUGUUUUAUGAUGUUAUGUUGAAUGCUUUGUUUUGCAUUUGUGUUUGUUCCCCGAACGUUGCACGGUGAAGGUGGCGUAUCGUCAUCAUCGCCAGACUUUUAUGAAGCCACCGGUAGACGAUCUAGUUCAGAUAACGGAAAUGAUUUGACAACAGAUACUGACAGUUUCAUGAUUGGAAAUCGAGUUUAUGUUGGAGGAGUUAAGUCAGGAAGAAUAACAUUUAUAGGCGAGGUUCAUUUUGCCCCAGGUGAAUGGGCUGGUGUUGUUCUCGAUGAACCAGAAGAAAAUUUAGGAAAAGUGAAAAUAAUUGCAGGCAAAAAUGACGGCGCUGUGUCUGGUAAACGUUAUUUCCAAUGUGAACCAAAAAAAGGAAUUUUUUCACGUCUUACACGACUUACACGCGAACCGUUGGGAUCGGCAGCUUUGUCCGACGGUACUUAUAGUAUGGAAACGAGUUUUAGAUCGAUGACAUCGCCUGCACGUUCAGGCACAACGUCUCCAACUUACAGCAUGAGUAGUGCGGCUAAGUCACCAUUAGGAACAAGAAUUUCAUCAGAUUUGGAAGUAAACGAUCGAGUUAUCGUAAAGUCAGCGACAGGAAGUCGCGUAGGAGUUUUACGCUACAUUGGAACACCUUUGUUUGCUUCGGGAGUUUGGUGUGGUGUUGAAUUUGAUGAACCUGUUGGAAAGAACGAUGGAACUGUCAGUAACCAUAGAUAUUUCAAAUGCGCUCCAAACCAUGGCCUUUUCGUGCCUCAAUCAAAAGUCUCGCUUUCUCCACUCGCACGUAAAAAUCGCUUGUCACGAGCCAACUCACAAGAAUCUCUUGCAUCGAAUUUGACUCUUGGCAGCUCAACAACAACAUCAAAAUUACGUUCGGAUGCAAUUCAGAAGCGAAUGUCACUACAUAAAACAUCAACGGCAGCAACGUCCACCCCUAAGCCCUUGUACUCGCUUCAGGAUAUUUUACGUGAGAAAACAAAUCACAUUGAACAGCUGAUGAAUGAACGUGAAAAAGAUCGUGAUGAAAUGGCAGCUCAAGGAGUUUUAUUCAAUAAGAAUAUUUCACUGGGUUCACCGUUGUUAUAA